AUGCCUCCAGUCUGGCCGACCGAUGCUUCACCCGACGUUCCAGCAUCCGCAGCUGCUGGGCUUUAUGUUCGGGAUGCUGGCAUUGACGAUACCGCAGACACAACGCCUUCCGUGAAUCUCAUAACCCGCACCCUCUUGCCCCGCGCAGAGACCACAACAAAAUCCCAUAAACCAACCUAUGGCCAAGGCACGGUCGAUCCACACAGCAUCAAGAUGCAAGGCCUGAUGGCCUUGUUCGCCAUCAUCGGACUAGUUUUUGUGUUGGGAGGAAUCUGGUUCUUCUUUUGGGCCAAGAACGGCGGGUUCGUCUGGCGCAAGGGCGACUGGGAUGACUACAAAUCCACAGUUCUACGACGAAAAGGACCCGAUGGUCGGACUCUGAGUAACGCCACCAAGAGUACUCGACUUGGUGGCGGAAGUGUCGUUGGCAAAGGCUACACAGACGACGGGUACUCGUACACAGAUGGAACCUACACCGAAACAGCGACGACCGUUACCAACGAAAAACCACGACGCAAGCGGUUCAGAGAAACCGCCAAAGAAAAGCUCCUACAACGCAACAAGCACGCGCAAUGGGAAGGCGCAGACGAUGCCGAUGUGCGCGCCUACCGGGAAGAGAAGCCUGCUCGCAUUGGCGGUAUGAACCGCGAAGCCGACGGAACUUACCACGGCAGCGACUACGACACUUCCGCGCCACCUACCACCUAUUACCAGAGUGAGAUGAGUCAAUCGCAGGACUUUGCCUACGAGCAGCCACGUCAUCAGCCGCGUCGCGAUCCCUCUGGGUUUUCAUUCACUGAAGGCAGCGAGGAUGUCAUCAGCCAAGUCACCGGAGAGCCAAGAAUUCGUGAUCCAUCCACUCGUCGCCACAACCGCCGUCGUGAGCGUGGUGCCCAUGCUCCGCCAUCCGCCCCGUCGUCGCGUACUAGCAGCCCCCGCAAGCACCGUGAGCGCCGCGUGCCUCCCGGCCACUUCACGGAGCCGCUGGAUCUCUCGUCUGUGGGCUCUCGUGCUGAGUACCAGUACUCUAAUGUUGACACUGAGGACUCUGGUACCAAGAGUUACAAGCACCCGAUUCCGGGCUUGACGAAGGGAUACCGCCGCGACGGACGAAGAAGCCGCCGUGAUAGUCUGAGUGAUAGUGAGGGCGAGACAGAGUACUCCUGA